CGCCCGCAGGCAGCGGCUCCGCGGCGGCGGCUAAUAACAACAUGAGGAGAUUAGCUGCGACUUCUCUCCACUUCUCUAACCUUAUCGACCUGAUAAUUUAUCGUGCUCUCUUCCUACUUUUUUUUUUUUUUUUUUUUUUUUUGGUAGAAAGAUAACCUUUUUGUAAACUAAAGAACGGGGCGCAGGGGACUGGGUGGGGGGCGGUGUGCGAUCCGAGGCGUUCCUCUCCCUGUCUCUUUCUCUCUCCUGUUUUUGAAGCCCCUCGGUCAGAGGCCGCGCGCGAAUUAAAAGCAAGCCCUGGGAGAGAACGCAGCCUCUGGCCCCUCUGCCUGCCAGAAGGAGCGCGGCCCCCGUAGCCGUGCCCGCGGGCAGGCGGGGGGGCAGGCGGUGCCGGCGUGUGCGGGGUGCGGCGAGCCGGGCGGAGCAGCCACGGGCGGCGCGGCGGGCUCGCGGGACGCGGGAGCGGGCCGGCGUUGCUCCGCGGGAGCGCUGGCGGCAGCAGCAGACGACCGGCUGCCGGGGACCACCUUCGGGCUCGUCCAUCCCCAGCUCCAUGAAGAAGCUGGUGGUGACUAAGCUGAGCCAAAACUUCAGGGAAGCGGUUACCCUGCGGCGGGACUCGCCGGUGCCGCUGCCGGGAGACGGAGACCUCCUUGUCAGGAACAGAUUUGUCGGCAUUAAUGCAUCUGACAUAAACUACUCAGCUGGUCGAUAUGAUGCAUCGGUUAAACCCCCGUUUGAUAUAGGUUUUGAAGGUGUCGGUGAAGUGGUAGCGUUAGGACUCAGUGCUAGUGCUGAUUAUACAGUGGGUCAAGCUGUGGCCUACGUGAAAGCAGGUUCCUUUGCUGAGUACACCGUUGUGCCUGCCAAACAAGCAGUCCCUCUACCCUCUGUGAAACCCGAGUUUCUGACUUUAAUGGUAAGUGGUGCUACCGCAUACAUCAGUUUGAAAGAGCUGGGAGAGCUGUCUGAAGGCGAGAAGGUUCUGGUGACGGCAGCGGCUGGAGGAACGGGCCAGUUUGCCGUGCAGCUUGCAAAGGCGGCAAAAUGCCACGUAAUUGGAACCUGCUCCAGUGAUGAAAAGGGCGGUUUUCUGAAAUCCAUUGGCUGUGACCGCAUAAUCAACUAUAAAACUGAAAAUGUUGAAUCUGUUCUUAGGAAGCACUACCCCGAAGGUGUGGAUGUAGUGUAUGAAUCUGUUGGGGGAAAGAUGUUUGACUUGGCUCUUAACUCCUUGGCUACCAAAGGGCGCCUGAUAGUUAUUGGGUUUAUCUCUGGCUACCAAAACCCUACUGGCCUCCAGCCCAUUAAAGCAGAGUUAUUGCCAGCAAAACUAUUGAAGAAGUCUGCCAGCAUCCGGGGUUUCUUCUUGAACCAUUACCUUUCCGAAUACAAAAUGGCUCUGAAGCACUUGCUCAAGAUGUAUGAAAGAGGAGACCUGGUUUGUGAGGUGGACUUUGGAGACAUGUCUCCAGAGGGCAAGUUCACUGGCUUGGAGUCUGUAUUCCAUGCUGUAGAUUACAUGUACAUGGGAAAAAACACUGGAAAAAUUGUAGUUGAAUUACCUCACUCUGUCAACAGUAAGCUGUAAAAACAGAACAAUGAUAUAAAUCAGAAGAGAGAAAAUGGGCACUUUAUGCCGCAGAAUUACUAGAAACUAUUUUUUUUUAAGCUUAGUAAUGGAUAUUAUAUUAAAAAACACCAUUAAGGUGUUAAUAAAAAGUUUUGUGUUUUUUUUUUCUUUUUUUAAAAGUGCUUAAAUCGGUGGCUGUAGCAUGGACUUAAUGGGCCUGUGUUUGAUUCUGUCGCUUAGGCUAGUGUGAGACAGGAACAUUGUGCUUGACAGAAUAAGUCUCGGUGCAGAGGCAGAUUUAGUCUGUCAGACUGGUUUGAUAAGACUUUAUAUAUAGUUCAGCUCAGAAAAAAAAAAAAAGUCUUUCAGCAAUUUUGAUUCCCUGAUUUAAAAAUAAAAUUGUUAAAACAAGACUAAGUAAUGAGUUGUAUCUUGUAGUUGCUGUAUUAAUCUCUUGAAGUUUCUGGAAAAAAAAUAGGCUCUUGAUUUUUUUGUUACAAACAUGAGAAUCAUAAUUCAGUUGUAUCAUGGAUCACAGUAAUAUUCCUUGAGUGGUUACACAGGGAAAUUUAUCCUCCAAUUCGGACAUGUCAGUAAUACUAAGAAAAGCAACUUGACUUUUUAAAAUUAUGUCUUUCGUAACUAUAAACAACUGUUCAAUUUUCUUUUAAAUUUUUAACUACAAGUUGCAACAUAAUCUCAUUUUCUUUCCUUUUCUUUUGCUACUGUUACUGUUUACUGUCCAUCUCCCCUUUAGUCAGUAUUGCAAGAUUACUGGAGUUGGGGUUUGAGCCAUGUUCACCUGUGUUCAGGUCCUGUAUAUUUUUUGAAGAUUUAAUAAAGUUUUAAAAUCUGUUUAAA